GGCCAUCCCACUAACUGGCUAACGACUCCAGCGACAACAGAAAUCAACCCAUUGCAUCGGAUCCGGAAGCUAUGAAUUGCCCUUAUGACGAGGAAUAACUUAGGACAGCACCUAAGUUGGCUCCUCAACCGCGGGUUCCCAGACUUGUCCUCUGUUGGUACUUUGACGCGAUCUGAUCCGAACAUUGUUGUUUCCAACUUGGAUGGCCCAACAGUUGAACAACAAAACAGACAACUUCAGGAAGGUCCUUCAACGAGUAUACAAAAUCCGCAACUGCGGAAUGACCAGCCACCACAAGUGACGCACGGUGGUGAAGGCUCUCUCCAUGAAGAUCCUAGCAUGGCACGGCUUAACUUCCUUCCUUCGUCAGAGUCUAAACUACGCAUGCUUAGUCGCACGAAUAAGAGCUCCCCAAUAACUCCUACGACUCCAAAUGCUCGUCGUUUGCGUGGAUCCAGGAGUCCAAAACAUGACGGCCAACAGCUAAGUACAGCUAAUGAUGUUGCCUCAAGCCAUAGCAAGCGAAAAACUCCUUCGAAGCGAACUGGGCCUUUACUUUCUUCGGACUUUAUAUCACCGUUCGACAACGUUGAAUCCAUUGAUCUAACUGGCGAUCCAACGCAGUCAACUUCCUCCGAUACAGUUGAGGCGUUUGGGGAAUCUCAGCGCUUGUGGCGAGAAGAUUUCGCGACACGAGUAGAGCCACGGUCCACUCGUGGCAAAAAGAGAAAGAGCGAUGAAUAUCAGUCGGAUCUCGUGUCCUCUCGAAAAGCCUCACCAUGCGGAAAGGUCUCUGGAACACCAUCCAAAACACGCAUACUGGAUGCUACGUCUUCCCCCACAUCACAACGUUUGUCGAGAUCUACAAAGAAGUCUUCACGAAUAUUAGCUUCUAAGCCGAUAGUCCGCCCGGCUGUAUCGGCCGUCGGUAAGCAUGAAGCAAGCCCAGCUCCUCAAGAAGUCGAUGACUCUGAUUUAUUUCGCUGGGAUUCCGAUGAUAUGUUCCAAUACCCGCUCUUGCCUGGCGAAGAGAAAGCAUCUCCUUCCCCGUCUAAAAGAACUCAGCCUAAGCAGUCCGUCACGCCGGUACCAGCGCUCGAACGUUCGACAUCCAAUGUUCCUCCUAGCUCUACCUCGCUACAAAAGGCGCAAGCUACCAUUAUGCCAAUCGCUUCGACCCCUUCGUCUCAAAUAUGCAAAGACGCGAAAGUAGAUACGUUCUUGGGACUACAUCCUACCGUGGUUGACUUUGCAAUAAAAAAAUUGGGCCAAGGCGUUGUUGCCAACGCAGCCAUUGUAGUACAACAUGCCAUGGAGGGAAACCAAGCACCCCCUGAGCUGUUGGCUGCAAACAAGUCAGCACGCUCAAAAAUCGAUGCUCUCGAAAAGAUCAAACUCGAAAGAGACACUCAUGAUCAAAAAAGAGCGCGGAAAAACGAUCUCAAAGACCUCAUGGUUAGAACAGUUGCAGAUGGAGGCGACUUGUCUGGUGUGGCGGCGGAGGUCAAAGAAAGUCAAGCGAUUAUGAAAGAGCUUCAGCAGAUUGAGUCUCGUAUGAGUAAUCUGUUGACUGUGAUAGAUUUAGACCUAUCUGCAUUCCCUGUAGCCAGCGAUUCAAGCGAUUCAGGGACCAGCAUUUCCCACGAAGCAUCGCAUAUGCUUCCCAGGUCGCGUGUCCAAGCAAUUCGCCAAGAUCUCCAUAACGAGUCUUCUACGACUCCACGAUCAUUUUCUCCGCAAACUUCAAUGUCCAGUGUUAGCACGUCCUUUCGCCUCAACAACACAGGGUCUACGUAUCAUGAUGGAGAUAUUACAAUGGGCAAUAAUGUCGAUGAAUUUGAUUUCGAUGCAGCGGAUGAUGACUUCCUCGAGGCUGCUAACAAUCUUACGGGCCUCGAUACUAAUAUCACCUUGGGUCAUCGCUCGACUACUCGCAAAGUAUUUGCAGAAACAUCAGGAAACGUCACUCGCGUUCCAACACCCAAAAAGCACAUGACCGCCGACUCGAGUACAAUGAUGUCCUUCCCUUGGUCAAAGGAUGUCAAAACAGUCAUGCGAGACAGGUUUCAUUUAAAGGGCUUUCGGCCCAACCAACUAGAAGCAAUCAAUGCUACUCUUAGUGGGAAAGAUACAUUUGUUCUGAUGCCAACAGGGGGUGGGAAAUCCCUGUGCUAUCAACUUCCAUCGGUGAUUAACAGUGGCCACACACGAGGGAUCACAAUUGUGGUAUCGCCUUUACUGAGUCUGAUGGAGGAUCAAGUUGAUCAUCUAAGGAGAUUGAACAUCAAAGCACACUAUAUCAAUGGUGAUGUGAGCGUGGACCAUAAGAGAUGGAUAUCAUCGACUCUCAGGAGUUCCUUUGCGGAGCGAGAAAUAGAACUACUCUAUGUUACUCCAGAAAUGAUCAACAAAAAUAUGAGCCUUCGAGACACGUUCAAGGAUCUUCAUCGCAGCGGAAAGUUCGCACGACUUGUUAUUGAUGAGGCCCACUGUGUCAGUCAAUGGGGACAUGACUUUCGUCCAGAUUACAAGGAGCUUGGAUCCUUCCGCGCUGAGUUUCCUGGUAUUCCGGUCAUGGCACUGACGGCAACUGCAACCCAAAGUGUCAAGGUUGACGUGAUUCAAAACUUGGGGAUGUCCGGGUGUGAUGUCCUGACUCAGAGCUUCAAUCGGCCAAACUUGACCUAUGAUGUUUUACCUAAGAAAGGCUCCGUUGCUAAUAUUGUCUCCCAGAUGGCGGACAUCAUCGAAUCCUCAUACAAGGGUAAAGCAGGAAUAGUUUACUGCUUGUCUCGAAAAGAUUGUGAAAAAGUAGCUGGGCAAUUACGGGACGAUCAUCGUAUCAAAGCGGCCCAUUAUCAUGCGGGAAUGGAGGCUGGAGAUAGGUCUUCUGUCCAAAAGGAUUGGCAGGCUGGAAAAUAUGAUGUUAUUGUCGCAACCAUUGCAUUCGGUAUGGGAAUUGACAAACCUGAUGUACGCUUCGUCAUUCACCAUACCAUCCCCAAGAGUUUGGAAGGUUACUAUCAAGAAACCGGCCGUGCGGGGCGAGAUGGGAAACGCUCUGGCUGUUAUCUAUUCUACAGCUACAAAGACACAACCCAACAAAGACGCUUCAUUGACCAAGGCGAUGGCAACUGGCAGCAAAAAAAUCGACAACGUCAAAUGCUCCGGAACGUUAUCCAAUUCUGCGAAAACGAAAGUGAUUGUAGGAGAGUACAAAUAUUGGCAUAUUUCAACGAAUCCUUCCGCGCCGAAAAUUGCCAUCGGACAUGCGACAACUGCAAGUCAGAUGCAAGCUUCGAUAUGCGUGAUUUCACCUCAUAUGCGAAGAAGGCUGUGGAACUUGUCAAGGAGUUCAACGACUUGGACGAAGAUGUCACCAUAUUGCAUUGCAUUGAUAUCUUCAAUGGCUCGAAAAAGAAGAUGAAGGGGGAACAUGCAAGUAUGCCGCAAUACGGAGCAGGCUCACAACUUGAAUUAGGUGACAUAGAGCGAUUGUUCUACAAACUAGUGAACGAGGAGUAUCUCCAGGAAAUAUCCAAAGUGAAGUCGAAAUUCACACAUCAGUACGUUAGGCUAGGUCGUAACGCUAGGGAGAUUCUUGAGGGACGACAAGUUAUGAAGAUGCAUGUUAUGUCAUCCAGAAAAUCCAGCGCAACCAGUAGAGCGCCCCGAAGGGCAACGCACACCGAGCCAUUGGCAACUAUGGAUGAUCAUCCACAAUCGACGAAUGUUCCGUCUCCCAUACAAGCGUCUCGCCAGCGUGCUGUGCGCAAAGCGAAAACACAGAACAAUUUCAGCGACGAUGAUAGUGAUGGGUUCGAGCCUGUACGAAUAGCAGGAAGUUCAAGUCGACGUAAGAGGGCAGAGUUGGGGCCUCCAAUUACCCAAAAUGACCGAAUGGCAAAUUUGGAUGAAGUUCAUCGAAUGGUGGCGGAAGACUUUUUGGCCAACGCCAAAGAUCUCUGUCAAAAUAUCAUGAUGCAGAAAGCUCUACGCAGUCAACCAUUUUCAGAUACCGUUCUUCGUGAAAUGGCGAUCAAACUCCCUCAAGGUAACAACUUGAACUCGUAUGUGAGUGUGAUUUAUGUUAACAAACACAGAUAUUGCACAAAUGCAUCAUAUAGACGAUAUUGAGCCUGACAAGGUGGAAAGACAUGGAGCCCAGUUUCUGAAACUUACUCGGAACGCCAAGAGCUUGCUUUUGAAUAUGCAGAGUAACAACGAAGUCGUUCAUGAUCCCAACCACACCAAUGUCAUCAACAUCAGCAGUGAUGAAGACGAGUACAGCAAUGACGAAGAUGUCUUUGACACAC